AUGCCAAGGCUUGAUCAUAAGAAAAACAAAGAAGAAAAAGAUAAUGAACCCUUAAUGAUGGUUAAUAAUUACAAUAUAGGUAUUCAAACUGAUAAUAACCAAGAAGAUAUUCAAAAUGAUUAUCAUCAUUUUAAUGAUUUAUCAAUAAAUAUUAAAAAUAAUAAAAAUAAUAAUAACAAUAAUAAUAAAUGUAAUAGUUUACAUCAUAAACAUUAUCAUAAUAGAUUUAUUAUUAAUGGUGGUAAUAAUAAUAAUGAUAAUAAUAAUAAUAAUAAUGGUGAUGAUUGUUGUGCCAAUAUUGAAUUAUUUGUAGAUUUAAUGUUAUCAGAGAAUGAAUAUAUAUUGUCAGGAUUUAGAUUACAUACAAAGAAUUCAUAUAUGGAAUGUACAAAGAGUAUAUUUAAAUUACAUAAUGAUACAUUAAAUAUAUGGAGUCAUUUAUUGGGUGCUUUAUUUUAUUUAGUUUUAUUUUUUACUUCAAUUAUUAAAAUUAUAAAAUUAAAUAAUAAUGAUGGUGGUGGUGGUGGUGGUAUUGGUAACAAUUUUAUAUUAAAUAGUGAUGAAAUUAAAUUAUUAGAAACUAUUGAUUUACCAUCAAAUUUUAAUUAUUUAUUUUUUCAAUUAAGUUGUUUCAUUUGUUUCUUAUCUUCAACAAUUUAUCAUACAUAUAGAAGUCAUUCGAUUGUAGUAUUUAAAACAACUUUAAUGUUGGAUGUCGCUUCAAUAGCUCUAUUAAUUCUAUCUUCAGUUUGUUUAAUUAUUGAUUCUGAAUUAUCUUGUUGGCCAUAUUUUAAAAGAAUUUAUUUAUUUUCUUUCUUAAUUUUAAUUUUAAUUUCUUUUUUAUCAUUACCUAAAAUUAUGAGAGAAAAAAGGUAUGGUUUAAGAACAUUUUUAUUUGCAAUUUUAGCAUUACAAGGAUUAGUUGGUCAUUUAUUUAAAAUUUAUUUACAAGGUUAUUUUGAUAAAGAUCCAAAUCAAUUUUAUAAUUUAAUUGGUGCUUACACUUUAUUUGGUUUAGCUUUAUCAAUUAGAAGAUUUAAAGUUCCAGAAUCAUUUAAACCUGGUCAUUUUGAUGUUUGGGUAAAUAUUACAUUUAAUAUAGUAUAUAAUAUAAUAUAA